AUGGAUAAACACACAGCGCCGCCGCGUGGGGGACCGGCCGGUUAUUUCCUCCAGCGACUGACGAGCGCGGUGUCGCUCCUCCAGCCCCGAGCUCCCGGAGCCGCCGGGCCCGCGUCCGGCCUCCCCGAUCGUCUCCGGCCCUCGCCCUCGCCCGGCGCACACCCAGCAGCCGCUGGCCCGGAGCAGCUACCGCCCCAACCACGCAACAGCCCUGCCCGCAGCUGCUGGAUGAAUGAUUUCGGAAUCAAGAAUAUGGACCAGGUAGCCCCUGUGGCUAACAGUUACAGAGGGACACUUAAGUGCCAGCCAGCCUUUGACACCUUUGAUAGGUCCCUGUUUGCUGUUUUCCCUUCUCUCAGUGAAGAGCAAACACUACAAGAAGUGCCAACAGGCUUGGAUUCAAUUUCUCAUGACUCGGCCAACUGUGAAUUGCCUUUGUUAGCCCCACGCAGCAAGGCUGUGAUGAGUCAAGCCUUAAAAGCUACCUGCAGUGGCUUUAAAAACGAACAGCGGCCUCGGCAUUCCAAAGAACCCUGGCUGUGGAGUGAGCAGCAGGUAUGCCAGUGGCUUCUCUGGGCGACCAACGAGUUCAGUCUGGUGAACGUGAAUCUGCAGAGGUUCGGCAUGAAUGGCCAGAUGUUGUGUAACCUUGGCAAGGAACGUUUUCUGGAGCUGGCACCUGACUUUGUGGGUGACAUUCUCUGGGAACAUCUGGAGCAAAUGAUCAAAGAAAACCAGGAAAAGACAGAAGAUCAAUAUGAGGAAAAUUCACACCUCACCUCAGUUCCUCAUUAUAACAGCAAUACAUUAGGUUUUGGCACAGAGCAGGAGCCCUAUGGAAUGCAGACACAGAAUUACCCCAAAGGCAGCCUCCUGGACAGCAUGUGUCCGUCUUCCACACCCAGCGUACUCAGCUCUGAGCAGGAGUUUCAGAUGUUCCCCAAGUCUAGGCUCAGCUCCGUCAGCAUCUCCUACUGCUCCAUCAGUCAGGACUUCCCAGGCAGCAACUUGAGUUUGCUCACCAACACUUCUGGGACGCCCAAAGACCACCUCUCCACCGAGAACGGUGCAGACAGCUUCGAGAGUUCAGACUCCCUCCUCCAGUCCUGGAACAGCCAGUCGUCCUUGCUGGAUGUGCAGCGGGUGCCUUCCUUUGAGAGCUUCGAAGAUGACCGCAACCAGUCUCUCUGCCUCAGUAAGCCGACCAUGUCUUUCAAGGAUUACAUCCAAGAGAGGAGUGGGGUUCACACCCGAGGAGCUGCAUGCCAUCCUGGGCAUCCAGCCCGACAAGGAGGACUGAGGCUGCCGGGACCUCCCUGAACCGGCCCAGGCUCGUGGACUGAGUGGGAAGUCCAUCCUGACCAACUGCUUCGAGGACCCAGGAAAGGCAGGAAUGAAAACGCCCAGGAAAGUCGCCAAGAAGCAGUGGCCUUAUUGCCUCCCAAACCACGCCUCUUGACCAGGCUGUCUCCCUGGUGACAGGGACAGCACCGCUAUGUCUCCUCACAGUGCUUUUAAGUGAAAAUGGUAGAGAAAGAGGCACUGGGAAGCCAUCCUGGCUUCUGGCAGGCUGUGGACGGGAUGGCUCUGGCUGUUUGAGACUCUCAAAGGAUCGAGCAUGUCGCAGACACACACACACACACACACACACACACACACACACACACACACACAAUUGUUAGAUUUUCUUUUGCCUUCUGCAACCAGGAACAGCAAAUGCCAAAACUCUUUGAGAGGGGUAGGAGGGUGGGAAGGAAACAAACUUGUCAUUUCAGAAGUUAGUGUGUAUAUAUUAUUGUAAUCUUACAAUUGUUCUCAAAAUCCCCUAACAGUUCUAUUUAUCAGAAAUUAUAUAUUGUAAUUUAAAAUAAUUAUAUAACUGUAUUUGAAAUAAGAAUUCAGACAUCUAAGGUUUUAUUUCAUUCUUCAACAGCACAUAUGGAAUUUUGCAAAGAUUUAAUCUGCCAAGGGCCAAAUAAGAGAACUUGUAAAGUAUGUGUCAUUUACAUUUAAUAGACUUACAGGGAUAAGGCCUCUGGAGGGUAAUCCCCUCUUUUUGUGUUUUUUGUUUUUGGGGGUUUUCUUGCCUUGGUUGUCUGGCAAGGACUUUGCACAUUUAGGGAUUUUUAUGAGAAACCAAAAUGUUAUUGUCUGGGGUUAUAUCUGGCCUCUGCUUUUUCCUUUAGUUGUAAAGUCAAAGCUAUAAAGCAGUAUUUUUCUUGACAAAUGGCAUGUUUUCCACUUGUGCAUGCCUUUCAGUCAGUUUAUACACAAAAUAGACUUUGUUUUUUAGUUUAACUGCGUUUCUCCAACAGCUCACCUCUCCCUGACCAACCAGCCAUUUCCUUCCUGCGCUCCACGUUCUUCUGUAUGAUUAAAAUAAGAAUACUAUUUUUGGAAAUAGGCAACCCCUUUUCAGAGAUCAGGAGGGAUUUAUGUAGCAGCUAUUUUUACUGCAAAAGUAAUUCACUGGAAAAAAAUGUAAUUUGUAAAAAAGCUUUAUUUUUAUCUCAGCUCCAUGUAAAGUUAAACUUACUGUACAGAGCUGAAGGACGGUGGGCAGUGGGGGUCUCAAUGAAACCUCUUCAAGGAAGCACGGUUUGUCCCAUCUGUCUUCACUUGCGUGUCUCAAACCAUCUGAAUAGCAUGCUGCCCCUUUCUGCUCAGUGCCCACAGUGCCCUUAUUCUUGUUUUCUUGGACUCAGAAUGUUCUGAGGCACAGAGCAGGUACUUAAGAUUGGAAAGAGAACGCAUCGGAGCCAUUCGUUUGGAGAAAUUGUUUUGAUCGAGAUGGAGACUUUUGUAGUCAUUUCAAAAGAGUACCUGAGUCAUGUGUAUUCCUGGCCUUUAUAAAUGACCUGGUCAAGUUGGUUUCAAAGUCUGAUGGGCUUGACUGUUUACUAGCUGUGUGGCCUUGGACCGGUGGCUGACAUCUGUAAAGAAUCCUCCUGUGAUGAAACUGAGGAAUUGGGUGGCCUGGCAAGCUGGGAAGAGCAAAACCAGAGCUGCAAAGCCUAAAUACCCACAAAAGAACAUUUCCAGUAUACUUAAACACAGGAUGUUUUUCUCAAGAGGAACGUGUUUAUCACUCACACAUUUGUUUAUAAUAUAAACAGAUGAUAUAUCUGUUUUUGAUAUAAACAGACACGUGACUGGGAACAUCUUGCUGCCAAAAGAAGAGAAGCCAUUGGCUCAUUGGAUGUGAGGUUGAGCCAUGCGAAAUUGUCAAUAUUAGACUGGUUUUUAUCUAAGGAGUUUCAUGGGGUUCAACCUAAUAGCUAUGGAAACUAAAGUCCUUAUAAACCAUUGGCAUGGUAAUGAACGGAUCU